AUGCGUCGUUUUUACCCGCAGGUGCCCGUUUCGGGGUUUGUUGGGGUGCCGCUGGGCCCUGGGCCGUCCCGUGGCCCCCCGGCGGGGGCCGCGCUUCCCCAGGCCCGUGGCUGCGUGGGUCCGUCCCGCGACAAGCAGCGAGCCCGCCCAGGCGCCGACCCCACGACGGGAAAUCAAAUGUCGCUGGUGGAGCCGCCUGACAUGACGCAGCACCUUCAGUUUGGGAUUAACAACUUGGAGCACGUCAUGGUCCCCGACGUCCCGGCGGAGCGGCGCAAUCGCACCGACGUGGAAAAGGAGCGUGAGAUGCGAGCCCGUUUUGGGGAAUACGGCCCUGGGGAGCGGCUGACGAAGAGCUCACAGCAGACGCGGCGUGACAUGCUGCAGGAGCAGCAGGACGUGGAUGGGCUUCCCUGGGAGGUGCGGUGGAGAAAGGGACUUAUACCAACCGCGGAGGAGAUGAUUCAGGAGGUCCGUGACCGCUUUGACCUCUACAUUCAGGACCCCAUUGAGCGAGAGCAGGAGUGGUACCUGCAUUGGAAGGAUCGCUCCUUUAAGGUGCAGAAGGAUCGUAUGAUUUGGCCACAAGGCUACACAGACUAUUUAGACCAUUACGAUGUGCACGGUAGACGUCGGGUGCUUCCCUCCGACCAGCGGUGGUCGGACACCUCCUGGAAACACCUGGCCGACACCAAGUACAAGGAUCGUAUGUGGCUCAUAGAGGGGGAGGAACGCAACGCGGUGCAUGAAAGCCUCCGUGAGGAGCGAACCCUUAUCGAGGAAGAGGAGCAGCGUCAGCUGGAGAUGGGCAACGUCUACAGCGGGAUCCUCGCCGGGGUGGUGGACCUCGACCCGGAGCAGACGUACCAAGCCCUCUCAGGCACAGCGGACCCGCUGGAGGUGGCACGAACAAAGCUGAAGAUUCAGGCGUACGGGGCCAAGCAGGCGCUCGACCGCAGCAGAAACUCGGGCCCUGUGGAAGUGGACCCCAUUUCUGGAUUUCCAAAGGCCGCGAUGGAGCCGCUUCCCACCGGCAUCACCGUGGAGCAGGGGGCCGCCAUUGCCGCAGAGGCAAGUAUUCAGAAUGAGAUGCUGGAGCAAACCGCCGACAUGGCGAAGCAGGCGGGCCAUGACGCGGUUCCCGCCCUCAUGAAGGCCCACCACAACACCUCCAAGCAGCACGGCGAUCGCCCCAUACUUCGCUCGUUGGUUGAGAAAAAAAUUGAAGAGACGAGGCGCCUGCAAAAGAGCCACGGCGCCUCCGUGCUGAACUCCGUGGAGAGCGUUUUGCAGGAAAUUGAGGGCAAAACUGUCCCAGCUCUGGAGGAGCGGAAGAGCGGGGAGGCAUCUGAGGACGCCGCCCCGGCCGCCCCCGCGACGCCCGUUGCACGUCAGCGGCGAGGAUCCGCGGCAAAUGAGGCGGGAGAGGCGGAGACGCCGUCCGGCUUUCUUCACGUGGGGCAGCGUCCGCCAGACGCGGAGCCGGACGUCCCGGCGGAGCUCUACAACGUCCCAAAGGAGCGUGCGAUGGAGAAAAUGCCAGGCUGGUACCGCGAAACGCUGGUGGAGACCGAACCACUCAUUCAGGCGUACGACUUGACCCAUGACCCUUUAGAGGCGCGGGAGUCGGCGCGGGUGGAGUACUAUCAGCCCCCCCCACUCACGGAGGAGAACCGCAUCACAAACGACGAGGCCCUCACUGGUGUUUCGGCCUUUGACGAGAUGAAGAUGCACAAGCUGCGGUCGUUGCCAGAGCUGGUGGAGGGGUACAAGCCCCUGCCACUUUUUCGGGAGCUUGGCGAGGGCGAUCCGGCGGAGGGCGACGCGACGGACGCGAAAAAGGCCUCUGCGAUGAAAAAGUCCGAGAAGCUGCGCAGGGAGCGGCAAGAACGGCUGAAGAAGGCAAAGGUGCAGUACGAUCCCGACAUUCUCCUCCCCUCGCUGCCGUGGGAGACGGAUUCUAUCACGGACCCCUACCGUGGCGUGGCGGCCGACGACGCCGUUGACUUUAGCAAACCUGAGCUGGAGAAGACCUGGCGGGCGUACCGUGACGCCUUUCAGCAGCGCAUGACGGAGUUUGGGAACCUCACGCAGGUGACGACGGAGGACAAGUGCGAGCGCAUGCUGAUGGACACGAUGGAGCGCUUCCGCCGCGGGGAGGUUGCGGAGCACCCGCCGAUCCCCGCCGAACAGGAGGCGAUCUUCCGCCUGAUAUUUGAGGCGCACACGAAGCACUUUCUUUCCGACUUCUACAAGUUCAAGGGCAACCGCGUGACGGAGUCCAAGACGGCCAAGGCGGAGGCGGACGAGAUCCUGCGCCGGGCCUCCGCGAAGUGCAAGUUGCUCGGGCCGAAUUUUAUGAACUUCAUACAGGAGAUGACCUCGCUUGAGCUGGAUUCCAUCCGCAAGAACCCGGCGCAGCGCUAUGUGAUCAUGAUCCGCGACCGCAAGUACGAGCCCUUGGGAAAGCCGUUUAUGAACUGGAUCACCAACGAACUCGGGGAGUUCAUUCUCACCGAUUUUCGCAGCCUUGAGCAGCUGGAGACGAGCCUAGAGUUUCUCAAGAAGCACGUAAACGACGCCAAGUUCAAGUGUCCCAUGCGUCUGGAGGGGAUCACGGACUCCGCACGCGACGCCGCCGUGGAGGCGUUUUUUCAGUGGUGUCGUGGGGCACUUUGCUUCUACGCGGGCAAGCAGCUGCACCGGAUGUACAUUGAGUUCGCCGACACCCGCUUCCGUACCCGGGCGGAGGACCUCUUUGAGGACUCCAUCGAGUGGUUCUCCAACUACGCCAAGGCCUCCAGCGGGGUUGUGCAGAUUCCCAUCCCCGACUCGGACCCGCCGUAUGAGUACGAGGAGAAGGACUUCCUGGACGGCGAAAACGCCGUCUACGCCGAAAUCGUCGGUCAGCUGGACAAGGCGGAGGGGCUGUGGCACUCCGGCACCUCGCGGCGGUGGUACCCCGUGACGGAUGAGACGGAGUACAUGUGGUACAACGAGCGCCGCGGCCGCCUAACCCUCGCGAUGGACAUCUCCGACCGCUGCCUGGAGAACGUGAAUAAGAAGACGCACCCCUCCAUCCAUCCUUUUCCGGAGCGCGCCCGCCCUUUUCUCGAAGGGGCGCCGCUAACGCAGGAAACGGCCGAGCACCUCUGGAUGCGCUACAUGGGCGACUUGUACAACGAGCACAGUGAAUUUAUGUUUCGCCAGGGGCGUUUCCAGACGGGGCGCUCCUACCGUGAGAAGUGUUUGAAUCUUUACCACCUGGCAAUUCGCACGGCGCGCGAGCGGCUGCCCCCGUCGUGGAAGGCGCCUCUACUGACGGAGGCGAAGUAUCUUAUGCGGGUCUAUGAGCCCGGCUGCGACGUCGAACGCCACCUGCGGGAGGUCGAGGUGGUGGUUGACAAACUCUUCGCGGCGAAGGAGCCGCGGCACUGGCUGGAGCCCUCCUCCGACCUCCCCCACCGCCUCGCCUUGGUGCACGCCAACCUUCCCGCGUUCGGGGAGUGCAUUACAGCGCGCGUGAACGCGCGUCUCGGGCGAACGCCGUCAAAUGAGCUGCUGCUCAAAGCCAUGGAGCAACGCGCACACGGCGGGGCCUAUUUGCCCGAACUGGGGGAGUACUUUGCGGCCGUCAACGAGGUUGUCGAGGAGGUGUUUCGCGCGAAGGUGCUGCGGUGGCGGGCGCGGGAGCAUGAGGGCUCCGACCCGUAUCUCUUCUGGACCCACCUCUACUUUGCCUUCCGGGUUCAGCCCAGGGAUGCGGCGGAGGUGCAGAGGAUGUGGGACAUGUACGAGCCGGCCUACCUGUACAUCUACACCCAGGGCGCCCUUGCCUCCCGAAAUCGGGGGCAGAAGCUAAUCAACGACGCCCUGCGACGCAUGUGCCAAAUUCUUCUGCCAGGGGACAAAGCACAGCAGCAGAUACUUCUGCGUGAGUUGACAAGCGUGCGGGAAAAGUUGGCCCACCUUAUCGAUAGGCGUGAGCUGGAUCGCACCAUUCACGCCCUGGAGGCCCACCUGGCCAAUCCCACGCACCCCACAUUUACGUACGGUUCCUCCCUGCUGUAUCGUGAGGCUGUGCGACAUGACCGCGUUGCAAGCAAUCCCAUUCUACGCUCUGACCUCGCCGCAAAAGAGUACGCUGAGCUGCAUAAGCGCAGGGAGUCGCUGCGGGCGCACGAAAACACGCUGAGCCCCCAGCAGGCAGCCAAGUUGCAGGAGCGGCAGAGCGCGGCCGCUUCCAUGAAGGAGGAGACGCUCGAGUCACAACCAAAUUUCUCCACCAGGGAGCUCUUUGAGAGAGAAAGGUAA